AGUCCGCCCAAGUUCCGCGCGGUGAUAAGCAUAGGCCCAUUGGGAACGAUCCUUCGGGUAUUGCCGAAGAAGGAUGUGAAUUGAGAGCGAACCUUGUGUCAGCUUCACGAUACUAUGGCCAGCGAUCCCAGGGUGAGCAAACCCAGGUUGCCCAAGGCUUAUACCGACGAACAGCUCAUCUUUCUGCGAAGUCACAUAAGCGGCUUCGAGACACGUACUCGCGGACAUGUGAGAGGCGACGCCAAGAAGUUCGCGUUAGACCGCGCCAAUGAGUUCCUUGUCCGUUUCGGCAUGCCCGAAGACCUCCAGGGCAUCGACGAGGCAGAGCCAAGGUUCCGGGAGCAAAUAUACAAUUGGUACAAGAAUACCGUGGGCCGAGCGAGACGAAAGCUUGAGGGAAGAACGAGAUCCAAGAAGCCAGCUGAGAAAGUUUCUGGGUCCCCUGGUCACAAUAGCUUAACAUGGAGCCCGAAUCUUGAGACUCCAACCACUGUGUCGUAUGCCCAAAACGACAUAGCAGCCCAAACUGCCAGCUCGUCAUCGCAACAGCAGCAGCAAUCUCAACAUGUACCUCCCCCUCCGCCUACUGGUCAUAUACAAUUCAGUUUCCAGACUAACGUAUCAGUGCCUUCUGCAGCCACACUUGCUCUAAAAGCUAGCCCCAACGCUUUGAGAGAGGCGUUCUUUACACGAGGAAUAGACGUUUCGACGCUCUCAUCGCUCAUUCAAAGUUAUGUCCUGUCACACCCCUCGCCCACACCAUUAAAUCCCAUAAUCGACGCUCUCUUUGCGGCUGUCACUACAUCUCUCAACGCCCCGACAGCCUCACGGACUGCUUCAAACCACGACACGAUCAUAACUAUCCUACGUCGUUUCACCGAAGCAUGUGGGUAUUUCCCGGCGACGGUAGUGCAUGCAGGUGUCUCCGGUCCAGUUGCCGGCCCUCGCGCAUUGCAGAUGGCGAUUCGUAAAUCGUCCGUAUGGUACCCGGUCCUUACCCCGGCAAGUGGGACUACGAUGAGCGAUGAAAUGGAGCGUAUCGCCGCAGACCGCCAAAAGCGGAAAGACUAUAUCCAAUGGGCGCAAAUUCAUGGCGCAGCGCUGGAACUUGGUUUGUUGAGUUUCCGUGGCGACUACGCCAGCACUGCCGAAUCGCUGUCGGAGUUGAUGGCACGCGAUGCAGUCUGGGAGGCAGACGAAGUGGAGUGGGUUGCAGGCAUAUUUGUUCUGCAAUCUCUCAUCAGGACUGGGUCAUUGGCUCGGAAACAUGAGUAUGAGCAACUACUGUCCACCUAUGAGGGGAGGUGGAAGGAGAUUAAGGACGAAGCGCGACAAGCGCUUGUAACGGAGGUGUUGUUGAGCGCUCAACAGGACCUGGCUCACAUGGACGAGAGGCGCGUCCAGUGAGCGUUGAGAUAGUAUCUAGUUUGGAGGGAUUUAAUACCGAGGUCCUUGUGCUGCAUGCAACGUCCUUGACUGCCGUUACCAGACGCGACCCUUUGUCGCUGUCUCACCAUUACAAUAAUAUGCCUACUAUCAUACAAGAAUUGAAACAAGGGCUAUCGUGGCCUGCUUACAACUUUCGAGCGAGAUUGCUUGAAGUAGUCUCCUGAACAUGUGAAUGACUACUUUCCCCGGAUUAACGUUAACG